CGUAUCUACUGUAAAACGCCGAGAAGGGUUUGCCAAUCUCGUCUUGAAGCUUCUCGGCCUCAAGAAACCAAGGAAAUGCCUGUGAAGGCGUAGAAAUCGUUCGUCGCUGAGGCUACUAGGAUUUCUUGGGGUUCUUGGUCGUAAUUUGCGCCGGAUAUAUUACCAACCCUUUUCACGGCAAAAGUCACGAUAAUACCCGGCCAAUUGAAACUAUCAUACGAUCUAGGCAUAGCAUCCUUAUUGGCUCUUUCGAGCCUCUAAUUUCCUUAAACGGCAAUCCGGCGUCAAACUCUACACUGAGUCUAGUAGUAGCUACUAGAAGUUGCGGCGAUUCCGUCGACGCCUGUAUUGCCUCAUGGACGUUGCAGUGGAUGAAACGAUGACCCCCAUGCUAAUCUACGAAGUUUGUCAUCCAACGUGGCCAGUCUACAUAAUACCAGGGUUAUUCUUGGAGGUCUAUCACAUAAUAAAGAGCGAAGGUUUGCUCUAUCGUAAACGAUCCGUUAGACCGCGUAGGAGCAGAGUCCUUUCGUCACUUACGGUACCUCAUAACACUCCAGAAAGUCGGCCAUGAAGUUCUCUACAUACAGCGCCCUCGCGGCCACCCUCUUCACCCCCGCUACCUCUGCAGCAUUCGACCAAAACCGCGGCGGCGCCGUCCUAAAAGCCCCAGAAGACAGCUCCUUCACAUCCGCCGCCGGAACCUUCACCGUCCCCACUCUCACCGGCAGCAACAAACUUUCAAUAUGGGUAGCCAUCGGGGACACAUUACAACAAGACAUAGUCCUCAAAGGCGGAAUAACAUACUCCAACGGCCUAACAUCCUUCGCCGCUUGGUAUCCGGAUAAGGAGAUUGAUAUCACAAGCGACAUACCCAUCAGCGCCGGUGACUCAGUUACCAUUACAGUUUCCGUGCCCGCUGAUGAUAAGUCGAAUGGCACUGUUAUCGUGGAGAACACUACACAGAACAAGAAAUCCACUCAGAUAAUUCCGGUCCCGGCUAAGGCCGAUCCAGCUACGUUAACGUCUUUAGCGGCUGACUGGUUCGUUCAGGCGUACCAGGAGGCGGGAGAGUUGGUUCAGGUACCGCAGUUCGAUAGCAUAUCGUUCACAAAGGCAAGCGCGACGUUGGCGAAUGGAACGACUAUUGGUCCGGAUGGUGCUGGGGUUUUUGAGAUUCAGGGUACGAGUGGACAGAUUUACUCUAGUACUACUGUGACGGCGGAUGGCAUUACGGUGCGCCAGCAACAGCAGUAGCAAAUUUUGGUGUAGGGAUUUAAGGGCAGACUCUAAAACAGCCCAGAUUGCAUAGAUUAAUUUUCCAACUCAUACUAUUAAUUCCGAAUGGUGCUUAAUAGAACUCUUAGGAAUUUAUAAGUCGUCUUGAAGCCACCUCCAAAAUGUAUGGGUAUUUAGUAUCAAGGUCCGGCGAAUUCCUCUAAACGCCGAAAUUUCUAGGAGAAAAUUUUCAAUCUAGCCCAUACAUGCACCAAUAUUAUUCUUAGAACGUUCUUUAAUAACAGUAAUUAAAUAUAGAUGCCCAAUACAGCGGGAUAGGGAACGGUAACCCGGUUAAGCAAC